GUCACUGUCAAAUUGUCAAACAUGUGUUUCUAGACGCGAGAUUUGUAUUGUGAAAAUUGAAUUGAAAAUAGCAACGGAUACGUUACGAAUUAUUAACAAAUCGUUUGUACAUCUGGAAAUGGAAUUAAUGUAUUAAAAUUUCCCUUUAUUAUGGAAGCUUCAAAAGCAGAUGCUGAAUUACCGUGUAAAAUGGCACAUUUAGACAUAAUGGAAGUGGACGAAUCGAACAUUGAUUCCUUUGAAGAAAAACCUCAAACAAACGAAGUAACUUCACGGGUAUUGAGGAAAAGAAAAUCGCUUAUGCCCGAAAUUAAUAGGUCAAGCAACCGCCGGGUGAGCAUGAAACCUCGCAAACAUAUGACUGAAAACGCUAACCCGAAACAAAUUGAGGCAUUGUACCUCAACAAGAAAGUUAAAGCUGUGUCACAAACAUUAGAGACUAUCUAUGAAGAGCCUAAGACUGACAACAACUUAUCUGAGACCUUCAUUGGAGGACGAAAAGUGAAGAGACUGCUUACAUUCCAGUUAGGUAAUCAGUACACUAAAGAAAAGAUCAAGAAACGCAGAGCCAAAAUCAAGAAACUACUUGGUAACAAAUCAUUUUUAAAUAGAAAGAAAAUACCUAUGCAAGUUUUUCUUAAAACAAUUGAAUGCCUUGAGUUAGAUGAAACUGUACAAAGUGAUGCAAAGAUACUGAGUAAUGAUAAACCAGUUUGAUAAUUUAGUUUUGUUACCUAAGGUACUAUUUUGAUUUCUUACAAACUUGAAAGCUGUGAAAUAAAAUCAUUUGAUAAGUAUUAAAUUAUCAUUUGCAAAAUUUCUUUUUAUUCAUUAAUUUGUCUAGUACAGUACAUAGUAUGUUUAGUAAUCUAAAUGUUACAUGACAUGAAAUUUUCUACUUAAUUUAAUAUGGAUUUCUACAGAUAAAACUAACACUUAGCAAAAUCACACAUCUUCUA